AUGCUCGAUUCCAAACCCUCCAUUCCUCCCAUGGCCGACAUCAAGUCCGACAUCCCCGCAUAUGCUAUCAAGGAAUCCCCCUCUCCCAUACUCCGCCCGGAGUCCGCUCCUCGCACCUUUGCUCCCAAUGCAUCCCUCGUCCUGAUCGGCAUCCGCGGAUGCGGCAAGCGCUCGCUAGGCUUCGUCGCCGCGACCGCGCUGAAGCGACGCUUCAUUACCGAAGACCACUACUUCCGAGAAGUCACGGGCGUCACGCGACAGGAAUACCUCAAGCGGUACGGCAGCCAGGAAUUCCAGCGCCGGGACAUCGAAGUCCUGAAGAUGAUGCUGGAUAACCAUCGCACGGGCUGCGUCAUGGAGUGUGGGUUGGCCAGUUUGACGCGACCUGUGCAGGAUCAUCUGCGUCGUUAUGCCCAGUCCAACCCCGUCGUCCAUCUGCUGCGCGAUAUCGGUCGCAUUCAGCAAUUGCUUGGCUUGGAGGACCAGGCGGUACGGUUAUUCCGUGAGGGGGAUCCGAUGCAUCGGAUGUGUUCGAAUUUCGAAUUCUAUAAUCUUGAAGAUCGGACACGUGCGUCGGACGAUGGGAGCCCAGAUCGCCGGUCUGCGGAUUAUUCUUUCAAGUUGCAAGAGGUGAAAGAGGAUUUCACCCGGUUUGUGCAGUUCAUUACUGGACUUGAUGUGAACUAUUCGAGCUAUGACUCGCCGUUCGUUCUGCUAGAGACGCCACCAGAACUACGCUCUUUCACCCACGCUAUCUUCGUGCGAUCUUCAGAUCUGAUCGCCGACAAUGUCAAUCUGACCGAGCUCGAGUCUGGUGGAGAUGCUAUCGAGCUGUGUAUCGAUCGCUGGAACCCGGAUAUGGCAGCCACUGUCAGCAAACAGGUCUCUGUCCUGCGUCGAAAUGCGCGGACGCCUGUGAUCCUCUCCGUUGACACCUCCACCGGCAUCGGUUUCCCGGAACCAACCACCUCUUCUUCUCGGCCUUACUUUGACAUACUCGAGCACGCUCUACGUCUGGGUGUAGAAUAUCUUGUUGUGGACCUGGCCCAAGACCGAUCCCGGCUGGCUGGGACUAUCAAAGGUCGUGGGAAUACCAAAAUCAUCGGCCAGCAGGUCUUUGAACCAUCUUCCCCAACUACGUGGGAGAGCGCAGGCUGCGUCGCCAUCUACAAUGAAGCUGAAAAGCUCGGCUGUCAGCUUGUUCGCCUCCUCCGGGUCGCAACAAAGCGCGAGGAAAAUGCGGCUGCGAUUGAAUACUCCAAUAAAAUUCGAUCGCUCCCGGGAGAUCACCCACCGCUCAUUGCCUAUAAUAUUGGCGCCCUGGGUCGCACCUCACAAGUUUUCAACUCGAUCCUCACUGCAGUAACACACCCCGCGAUCACUCAGUCCGCUGGGAAUAAACACGACCCGCAAAUAACCUCUCGCGACGCCGUCCGCGCACUCUUCCACAGUUACGUGCUGGACCCGCUCAAGUUCUACAUCUACGGAGAGAACGUCACCUACAGUCUAUCCCCGGCAAUGCACAAUGCUGCACACCAACACUGCGGUAUGGGCCACACCUACAGCAUCCCCGACUCGCCCUCUCUCGCAGUCUUAGACCGACUGGGCCGAGAUCCGCACUUCGGGGGAUCCAGCGUCGUGCAGCCAUGGCGCGUACAGGUAUACCAGAAGCUCGCUUCGAAGAGCCGACACGCCGAAGCCAUCGGGGCAAUCAACACAAUUAUGCCGCUCCGUGGACACGCGGACGGAACAAUGUUCCCACUCCAAGAACAAGCCAGCCGACGCAACCAAGCCGGGCGCGUGCUGGGUUGGUACGGUGAGAACACCGACUGGGUCGGGAUAAUGACGUGCAUAAGGCGACAUCUCUCGCCGCGUAACGCAAUUAGCGCAAAAACGACAGGCCUAGUUAUUGGCGCGGGCGGUAUGGCGCGGGCCGCCAUCUAUGCCAUGCUCCGACUUGGAUGUCGGAAGAUCUUCAUCUACAACCGCACGCAGUCGCGUGCCGAGGAAGUCGCGCGACAUUUCAACUCCUGGGCGUCGUCGCAGGUGGACUCGGCUGAGGUGGUUUGUGUCUUGCAGUCGCUUCGAGAAGACUGGCCCGCGGAUGCUGCUCAGCCUAGUCUCGUUGCCUCUUGUGUACCGGCUGAUCCAGACCGAGAUGAACCACCGGCGAACUUUGAAAUGCCCGUGCAGUGGCUUGGGAGUCCUACUGGAGGUGUGAUACUCGAGUUGGCCUAUAAACCCCUCGAUACACCCCUUCUGCGACAAAUGCGCCGAGUCCGGAGCGAGACUGGACGACCUUGGGUCUUGUCUGACGGAUUGGAGAAUGUAACCGAACAGGGCAUUGCUCAGUUUGAGUUGAUGACAGGUCGCAAAGCACCUCGGCGGCUUAUGACCUAUGAGGUUCUACGCAAUUAUGUGGGUGACAGUGGGCGUUUUGACGAGGAAACUAUUCAGGCUCGUUUAGAUCGUGUUUGGUCUCCGAUGACUCGGGAAAAGGAGUAG